AUGUAGAAACUCAACUUUGUAAAAGAGCUUUGCCUACUAGAUAAUAGUCAUCAAGACUUGAAAAGAUUAGUUGGAAUAAUGUAUGAUAAUCAAAUAACUAAGACUCAGGAGUAGCAUGAGACAUUCAGGCGAUUUAAAUUCAAAUAAAUUUAAGUACAUGAUGCACUUCAAAAUCAGCCAACUUUAUACUAGCUAGCAUAGCAGUUUAAGCACAACUAUUUAGAGGAUUAGUAAAAUGAAGUAAAAGAAAUACAUGCUAAGACAUAGGAAAUCUAAUAAGUAUGCCAAAUUUAAAGUGAUAUAAAAGAGAGUUUCAAUAAAUAGGAUGAAGCUGAAUAGAAUACAAACUAGAGUAACAAGUCCUCAGAUGAUAGUGAUCAUGAAAACAAACUUGGGAUAUCUAAAUGA